CAAAAAAUGUCACAGGCCGGGUUUCAUAAGCCAGGCACACAACAGUAAUCAGAAACCAAAACUUAUGAAGACAUUAAAGACAAGCAACUGCAAGCAGAACAGUUCAAGGUAAAAACUUGAGCGUUAUAUCCAAGAAUGAACACAACAACACAUCAGGAUUUGGUACUGAGCUAUAUGGAUGAACUGGUUCAGAGAGUGAAUGAGACACGGCGGAUAUGUAAAGCUUUGUUGCACCAAGGUCUGCUGAGUGAAGACAAAUACAGGAGCAUUGUAGCAGCUGUAACUUCUCAGGAUAGAAUGGAGCAGCUCUUGCAUGCUCUGUCUAUCAAAGGACAACAGGGAAGAAAUGCCCUUUACAGACUUCUACAAGAAUAUGAGCCUGAGCUUACUCUGCAGCUGGAGCAUGCUCUAUACGUACAUGUGGUGAGGCAGAAGCUUAUUCAGUCAGUGAAGAAAGUGGAGCCAGUGGUCAACAGAAUGCUCACCCAGGGUCUGAUCAUGGAAGAAGAAUACUUCCAGGUGUGUGAAGAGGAAGGAAGCAAGGCGAGGAUGCAUGCCAUGUUCAGAGUUUUGGAGCAGAAUGGGAUGAAACAGAGCGACGGGUUCUACAAUGCACUUUUCUACUGUGAGCCUUUACUGUACCGUGAACUAGAAAAAGACCGAGUGCUUCAGAUGUAUGAACUGGAUAUGGAAAAUAACAAAUUAGUGCACCUUAUGAAUGAGCACAAUCUAGAAGAGAGGUGGAGAGAGCUGGAAAGUAAAGAAAAGCAAGUGGAAAAAGAGAAGGAGGAGCUGAGGAGACAGUGGGAACUUUUAAAAGAACAGCAAGCAGAGCUGGAUCAGGAGCUGAGUCAGGUCCUUGAAAUGAAACACGAACUCAAAAAAAAUUCAAGAAAGUGAAAUGAGAUGAAGGAGGAUGUGAAUUCUUAUUUUCCCACUGGAAGAGAAGAGCACAAAAGGACUGGACUAACAUUGGAAUAACAACAGCUACUUGGUGCCAGUAAAUGACAAAAGCUCUUGUUGUUCAACUGAUCUUUGUAAAUUACGUUGAUGAUAUAACCAUAACAUGUUAUUUGCCCAUAACAUGUGGAGUACCACAAGGGUCUGUCUUAGGUCCUAAACUGUUUAUAUUGUACAUUAAUGAUUUAUGUAAUGUAUCAAAUAUAAUGAAAUGCAUAUUAUUUGCCGAUGAUACAAACAUCUUUUGCGCUGGGGACAAUGCACAGCAGCUUAUGGAAACAAUCACAACCGAAAUGAAUAAAUUAAAAAGGUGGUUUAACGUAAACAAAUUGUCAUUGAAUUUGAGUAAAACAAAGAUUAUGCUAUUUGGAAAAUAUAAGUCGAACCCUCAAGUUGAAUUGAAAAUUGACAACAUAACCAUAGAAAGAGUUUAUGAAAUAAAAUUUCUGGGUGUGAUUGUUGAUCAUAAAGUCUGCUGGAAACCGCAUAUUAAUCAUGUUAAAGCAA